AGUCAUUGAACACUAUCAUUCAUCGCUUCAGAGCUAACAAGUAUGCCUUUGUUGCUGACAUUGAGAAAGCCUUCAUGAGAAUCAAAAUUAAUGAAGAGGACCGUAACUAUGUCCGCUUUCUGUGGUUUGAAGAUGGGGACCCAGACGAACCAAUUAAAGUUUACCGCUACACAUCUGUCUUCUUUGGAGGAACAAGUUCUCCAUUCAUCCUUAACUCUACAAUUCUUCAUCAUCUUUCUAAGUAUGAGAAAGAUCAAGAUCCAGUUGUUCAAUUUGUUGCUCAAGACCUUGACGAGAAGAUUUACUGUGACAAUGUACUUACUGGAACAGAUGAUGAGGACACUGCCAUUCAGUAUUACAACAUCUCAAGGCAGGUUAUGAAGGAUGCUGACAUGAAUCUCCGCCAGUGGUUUACAAAUUCGCCAGAGCUGACCACCACUAUUGACAAGACGAGGACUGGUUCUGAGAGAGAUCAUGCUGGCCUGUUAGGCAUGAUGUGGAACCCUAAGGAAGACACGUUACAGUUUCCACGGAAAGCCAUUGUCAUUCCUCCUGACGUGAAGUUCACGAAACGACAAGUCCUCAGUUCUGCUUCAUCAACAUUUGAUCCUAUUGGCCUCAUCUCCCCAGUCCUUGUUCCAGCCAAGAAAUUCAUUUCAUCUCUGUGGGAUAAGGGAUUUGACUGGGACGAAAUUCUCCCUGACGAACUCCAACAGCAGUACAACCAAAUCGCCAAGGAAAUAGAAGCAGCUUCAACAUUUGUCACCUCACGUUAUUUGGACUUUGACAAAGCCUUACCAGUAGAAUUGUAUGUAUUUUGUGAUGCAUGCCCCACUGCUGCAGCUGGUUGCUGUGUCUUCUUUGCUCAGAAUGAGAAGGUCAGAUUCAUUGGCUCCAAGGUCAAACUUUCCUCAUCUAAACAUGCACGAACAGUUCCCCAGUGGGAAUUAAUUGCCAUGGUAAUGGGUGCUCGCCUCGGUGCAGCCAUAAGAGAAAUUUUCAGCAAGGAUUACCCAUCCAUCUCAUCCUAUUACUGUACUGACUCCACCAUCUGUCUCCAUUGGCUGUACAGUACCAAGCAACUCCCAGUGUUUAUUCGCAAUCGGACAACAGAGAUCUUGAGGCUUACUGACCUAUCCAGCUGGUCCCAUGUCAGUUCAGCAAACAAUCCUGCAGACAUACUCUCCCAUGGAUGCAGUGCUGUUGAGCUCCUACAAUCAGCACUAUGGCAAAGAGGUCCUCCAUGGUUAACAGCCCAUUCGCUCUGGCCAAGAUGGAGUCCUAAGAGCUUUGCAGAAGACGAUGUUGUCUCAGCCACAGCUGUGGACAGUCAUGUUCCUGGUAAGCAGUCUAACACAGGCAGUCUCCAAGACUUGAUUGACAUCUCACGCUUCCAGUCCUAUGAAAACAUGCUUCGCACGAUGUCCUAUGUCUUGAGAUUCAUUUCCAACCAGAAGCAUGUCUCUGGUAAGUCACAUGGGUCACGCCAAUGCCCAUCAGUCAUUGACUUGGUAAUACCAGUUCCCACAGCUGCUGAAAUAUCCCAAGCAGAAUUCAAACUUCUUCGUGCUCACCAGAUUCAGCAUUUCAGGCAAGAUCGAGACUACCUUUGUACAAAGCAGUCACGACCCACCCGUCAGCACUUCAAACCCAGACCUCAGUUGGUUCGUCAACUUAAUCUGAAGCUCAACUCAAAUGGCCUUCUAGUUGCCCCCGGCAGACUCGAGCAUGCAAUGCUCGAACAAGAUGCAAGAGAACCAAUUCUCAUCGCUAAAAAGUCUCAGUUCACAACUCUGCUUGUUCGUUCAGUUCACGAGAGACAGCUCCACGCUGGAGUAAGAGACACUGUUGUAGCACUGCGUAAGAGAUUUUGGUUGCCAUCAGCACGAAGUGAAAUUGCAAGGGUGCUCAAGCAUUGUGUCAAAUGCCGAUACCAGAUAGGGGGAGCAUACAAGCUACCCCAUUCACCCCCCUUGCCUGACUUUCGCCUCAACAAGGUGAAACCAUUCUCUACAGUGGGGAUUGAUUUUACCGGCCAUCUGACGGUCAAGAAUGGUAACAAGACGGAGAAAUGUUAUGUCUGCCUGUUUACCUGUAGCACCACUCGCAAUGUAAAUUUGGAGAUCGUUGAUGACAUGACGACCGAUCAGUUCCUUCUUGCAUUCAGGCGUCACUGUGCCAUCUAUGGAACUCCUUCACUGAUCCUGUGUGAUAAUGCCAAAACAUUCCAGAAAGGGGAUGAAGAAAUUCAGAAGUUGUUCCAAGUCAUAGAAGAUCAAACCGUGCAGCAUCACUUUGCCCAGAAGAGAGUUCAGAUGAGGCAUAUUCCUGCCAAGUCACCGCACUGGGGAGGCAUGUAUGAGCGACUGAUUGGAGUAGUUAGGUUGUCAAUCAAGAAAGUUCUUCGUCGCGCGCUCAUUAGUCUACCCGAGUUACAAACACUCAUCAAAGAGGUUCAAGCAGUUGUGAAUGAUCGCCCAAUCACAUUCGUCUACCAUGAUGUGAAUGAUCCAGAGCCCUUGACACCGUCAAAGUUGCUGUAUGGGUUCGAUGUUACAGCUUUGCCACACCCUGUUGUUGAUCCUGACGAGUUGGAGGAUGAAAACUUCAAUGAACAUGAUCAACUCAAUAAGGCCUUCAAACGACGCUCAUUGCUAUUUCAGCACUUUGUUCAACGGUUCAAGAGUGAGUACCUUGCUUCGCUGCGGGAGCGUCAUGUGUAUCAGUCUAAGAGGCGAGGAUCGCAGGAGGAGAUCAUUAAAGUCGGGGAUGUCGUACUUAUGCACGCUGAAAAUGUUCCUCGUAGUUCCUGGAAGUUAGCCAUUGUGAAGAAAGUUCUCCGUGGCAGUGAUGGCCUAGUUAGAGCGGCAGAGAUCAAAACAAAAUCCGGAGUCACCAACCGUUCAAUACAUCUCUUGUAUCCCUUGGAAGUCACACUGACGGAUUCUAAGGAACACUUUACAGGAACUGAACUGCAGAUUCCACAGGUCGAAACACUCAGAAGAAGCAAACGAAUUGCUUCACGCCCCUGCCCCCAGUAUGUGGAAUCUGCAAAGAAAACGUAUAGCGUGGAUCAAUCCAGUGAGGAAGAAGAACUAGAAAGGAAUGAGCUGAUAACAGAGAAGGCAAUCGAAGAAAUGUCCAACGAAGUAACGAAAGCGUUAGCUCUUCAGCAUCCCAUCAUGUACAAAACAUACAACAUCUGUGAGACCGUAGAUCAGUCUAAGCUGGCGAAGUUUUCGAUACAAACACUGCAGAACAUCUGUGCAGCCUUAGAACUAGAUGUAGCAUCUAUGACUGGUAAGCGCAAGCAGCCCAAUAUGGAAAUUAUUGAAGGCGUUGUGGCCACGUGUGGCUGUAAAAUUAGCACAGAGUAG